UGAACCGCGCUUAGAAACUGAAUACGUCGAUUUAUCGAAACGGUAUACAUAGGUUAUGUUCACAACAGGUGAUCGUACGCUUAAAUUAUUAUAAAUCUUUCUGAAUAACUAUACGUAUUUAAUCAAAAUUCAAGAUGGGAAUGCAUAAACAUGCUCAAUUUUUUGCUCGGACAGUUAUGGUUCACAAUAAUAAUAUAGAGAAAGCUUCUCGUUUGUUAAAUAAUAUAUUGUCAAAAGAAGGUAUUUUUGAACAAUAUAGACGUACUAGAUACUAUGAAAAACCUACCCAAACAAGAAGGAGGGUUAAUUUUGAAAUAUGUAAAGCUAUUUAUACUGAGGACAUGAAUAGAAAGGUUCGGUUUAUUUUAAGAAAAAACAGAAAAGAUCCAUAUCCUGGCUCUGACUAAGCUGUACUUAUGUUUUAAUUAAGUGUCUUGUAUAAUUCUAAAGUCAUCUGUAAGUUUGUAUACAUAUGAUAUAAUGGUAAAUAUCCUUACUUUAUGUGUAUUCUGUAUAACUGGUUAAAAGACGUUAAAUAAAUUACAAACCUACGUCGUCGGUAUGUCAGAAGCUGAUACACAAA